GAUUGAAAACAUACGAAAUCUCGAAAGUGAGUCACCCUCGCAGCCUUGUCGUCGUAAAAUUGCGUUAAUUAAGCUAUUAGUUCUUAUUUCCGUGUGAAUUCAGCCCUGUCCUUUACCCUGCGGUUGUUUGUACUGUUGUUGUAAGUCGAGUCUCCAAAAGAACAUACAAAACUGGGAAACGAAAUGUCCGCAUCAGCUAUGGAGAAACACAUGUUUAAUCUUAAAUUUGCAGUCAAAGAGCUCGAACGGAACGCGAAAAGGUGCGAGAAGGAAGAGAAGGCCGAAAUACUGAAAACAAAGAAAGCGAUCCAGAAGGGUAACACAGAGGUGGCACGGAUCCAUGCCGAGAACGCGAUCCGACAGAAGAGUCAAUCGCUGAACUACCUGCGGAUGAGUGCACGGGUCGAUGCGGUGGCCAGCCGGGUGCAGACCGCACUAACGACACGCAACGUUACCAACUCGAUGGCGGGCGUCGUGAAGGCAAUGGAUGCGGCCAUGAAGGGCAUGAAUCUGGAAAAGAUAUCCGGACUGAUGGAUAAGUUCGAGUCACAGUUUGAGGAUCUGGAUGUGCAAAGCUCGUACAUGGAAAACACGAUGUCGCAGACGACGACGACGGCCGUACCGCAGAACGAUGUGGAAUCGCUAAUGCAGAGAGUUGCCGAUGAAGCUGGCCUUGAACUCAACAUGGAACUACCGUCGGGACCUUCGUCGGUUGCGAUCGGUGCCUCAACGCAAGCGUCCACCGAGCAGGAUGAGCUAACGGCACGCUUAGCCCGUUUGCGACAGGCCGAAUAAAACGGAUAGCCGACUGUUGUGGCAACCGGCACACUGCAUUGCGAUACUUGCUCUAUGUACAUUUGUUUUUUUUUUUUCUCCCACAUCCAAUGCGUUGAAAUCGUUCCAUCCAAUGUGUAAACCACAACAGUAAACGGAAAACAAAAUUAUAACUUCUUAUUUUGCUAUAUCAACUACUGUACACGCUUUGAGUAAUUCUCAUAAUUAUUCGUUAAAAUAAAGAAAAAAUCAAUGUUACGACCCACGACGAUAAAGCAUGAUGAUUGGGUGGUCCUGAA